AUGAAGACGAUGAUUUUUGAGGCCGAUAUUCGUGCCCAGAACCCUGUUGGCGGCUAUUAUCAAAUCAUCGACAGACUUCAAAAACAGAUCCAGUUUUGCAAGCAGAGUUGGGUUUUUUAUCUGAAUCAGUUAGCCAUCUUACAAAACCUUAGUGCCAGUGGUAGCACUAGUGAUAACUCUCCUUUUCCCUCCGCCUCGGCCUCCUCCGGUGGAUCUAAGGAUCCUUCUUCCGGUAUGAAUAUUCCGAAUACAGAGUUUAAAGGGUUUGAUCUCGGGUUGCAAUCCAUGUUAUUUCAGCCGGAAUCAGGGGAUGAGUUUGGAGUUAGUAUGGCGGAUUUUUACAAGGCAACGUAUGGAGAUAUAGAAGCUGCUGCACCGCUUUGUGGCGGCGUUAAUCCUGCAGAGCAGUUGAUGCUGGGUGAUGGAGCCAAAAGUAUUCAGGCGUUAUUGAUUAACAAUCCGUCUAAAGGAAUUGAAUCUGAUUUAAUCAAACAAGAGUUUAUCGUGCCUAAAAGUGAGAAUGAUGUAGGGAAAAACGAAGUUCAGACCAAUCGAGAGACAGUAUCAAAUUUGUGUUGA